ACAUUCCUCACAGUAGUAAGUAGAGAAAUUAAUUUUUGAUUUGAAAGGAGGCAGAGAGAGGGCAAUCAGAGUUCUGCACAAUCACCAUAUAUCCACAAAACCAUACGGAAUCCACUUCGAGUUCAGAGAAUCAAGAUCAAGGAAGGAAUGGUGAUGAUGAAUCAUCGUUGUUGUUGUUAUUAUUAUUCAGUUUUACUCUUCUUACUCUUGAUGCUAUGCGAAUCAAUUUCCUCCGACUCGAUUCCGGCUUCGAAUGACCCUUCUGGAAUCCCCAAAUACUUCCUCGGCUUCGCAAAGCAACCUGAGAUCUUCGAUUGGAUGGUAGGCGUCCGGCGGAGAAUACACGAGAAUCCUGAGCUAGGGUACGAAGAAUUCGAGACGAGUAAACUAAUCCGAGACGAAUUGGAUAAGAUUGGGGUUCAUUAUAAGCAUCCUUUUGCUGGUACCGGCGUCGUCGGGUUCAUUGGGUCGGGGAAACCUCCGUUUGUUGCUUUGAGAGCGGACAUGGAUGCCCUCGCCUUGGAGGAAAUGGUGAACUGGGAGCACAAGAGCAAAGUUCCGGGGAAGAUGCAUGCUUGUGGACACGACACGCACGUUGCAAUGCUCCUUGGUGCCGCGAAAAUGCUUCAAAAGCAUCGCGACUUUCUAGAGGGGACGGUGGUUCUGGUUUUCCAACCGGCAGAGGAAGGUGGAGGAGGGGCCAAAAGGAUGAUAGAAUCUGCGGCGCUUGAGAAUGUAGAAGCCAUUUUCGGUAUCCAUUCAGCCAGUAUGUUACCGGUGGGUAUAGUUGCCGCUCGGUCGGGGCCUUUACUUGCAGGGAGUGGUGUUUUUGAGGCUGUAAUAAGCGGGAAGGGUGGCCACGCCGCCAUUCCUCAGCAGUCCAUCGAUCCAAUACUUGCUGCAUCGAAUGUCAUUGUCAGCUUACAACAUCUGGUUUCCCGAGAAGCUGAUCCUCUCGACUCUCAGGUAGUUACGGUUGCCAAAUUCAUCGGAGGCGGCGCAUUUAAUGUCAUUCCAGAUUCUGUAACCAUCAGUGGCACUUUCCGAGCUUUCUCGAAAGACAGCUUUCAGCAACUCAGGCGGCGAAUCGAAGAGGUUAUAAUCGGGCAAGCAGCCGUGCAACGUUGCAAUGCAACGAUUACUUUUGAAUCAAAAGAUCAGAUGUUCUUCCCCCCAACGGUGAACGACAACGACUUGCACAAACUUUUCCACAGGGUCGCCGGCGACAUGCUCGACAGCGCUGCGAUCAAAGAGAUGCAACCGUUGAUGGGAUCCGAAGAUUUCUCGUUUUAUCAGGAGAUAAUCCCGGGCUACUUCUUCUUCGUUGGAAUGGAGGACGAGACCUUAGAACAUCCCGUAAUGCCGCACUCGCCCCAUUUCAGAAUCAACGAAGAUGGGCUCGCCUACGGCGCCGCGCUCCAUGCUUCGUUGGCUGUUCGAUACUUGUCGGAUCGCCGGACGUCGGCGGCGGCGCCUCCGGGACACGGCCAUGAUGAACUUUGAGGUAUGCUCUCUGUUAAUUUAGAUCAUUGCUUGAAUUUGAUCAUGGUCUAAAAAGUUUUAAAUUGUGUGUUUAUACUACUUGUAUUUUGAUUUUAUUUCGAUGGUUUGAAUAGAGUUUUUUUUUUACUGUAUGUUUAGAUGUAAAAAUAUAAUGGUAGUUGUGAUGAUUUAAGUAAAUUAAUGAAUUACAUAUGAAAAAGUUUUUAUUUAAUGUGUGUUUGAACUAACCA